UCUGGUAAUUAUUACAUUAUUAAUUUGUUGUAGCCAAGAGAGGUCGUGAAAUUUUAGUUAAAACAGACAUGAAUUUAGAAGCUGUCAAAAUAAGGUACAAUUAGGGACGUGAAUCUUCUGCGUUUGAAGAAAAUUGACCAGAAAUACUUUUCAAAAUUUCGUUAUUUUUGUCGUUCAAAAAUAUUCAUUUAUUUGAAUCGAUUUAAUUCAUUGAACAAUCAUAUUCCCUGCAUUGAUGAUACCUAUUUGAAUGUGUGUAUAGUGCGGUAAUAUUCGAGUAUACAGCGUGUGGUUUGUUUUGUUUUCCACUCGAAGCAAUGAAUGAUUCGAACUUUCAUAUUGUAAAAAACAAUGGGCAAUUGGAAAUUGUAAAACUGGAGCCAGUUAAGAAAAAACCCAAACCGAAAUUGAAUUUAGGCGUUGAUAGGCUGUGUCCGACAGAGGAUCGUAAAUGUAAUGGAGAUAUUUCAGGAACUAGUAUCGUACAAGAUACACCUGCAAUUGGCAAAUGUAGUCCAGAAUUGCAUUCGAAUGCCUUCCCAAAAUAUGUUUCAACUAAACUAACUGAUUUCGAAGAAGUGACACCAAAAAAGGCUGCCUUGAAAACCUACUCACGGGUUCGGAAGAGAGUCAAUAAGUCGAAUCAUAUUUGUCUAAACGGUCUAACACCAAAGGAAGCAAUUCUUGCUAUACACAAUUCGACAGUCGGUGUACCACACAACUCAACAGAUGAUGUACCAUACAACUCAACUGUCGAUGUACAAGACGUUAAACCUGAUCAAAUUACUCUCAAGAAAGAAGCUGAAGUAGAAGAAACAACAGUCGAUGUACCAGACGUUAAACCAGUCCUAUUUUCUCCGGAGGAAUACGAGGAGAUCCAUGCUGUAAAAGCUACAACAGUCGAUGUAUUAGUACAAAUUCCUCCCGAGAAAGUCGAGGAGUGUCAUGAUCCAAUAGCGAUAAAAUCUGAACCUGAUCUGGAUAUCGUAGAUGAGGAACCUGAAGCAGUUAAAGAGAGCAUGGACAAUUCAAAGCAGAGUUUGGUAUAUAUGGAAGAAAAUGUGGUUAGUGAAAACAAAUCAAUCAAAGCCGUUCGAAAAGUUAAAAAACUGUCUGUCUCACGUGCUGAUGUAGACACUAAUGUGAUCAAUCUAUCAACUAUUCCGAACCUGCUACAAUUAUCAAAGAGAACCGUAAAAUGUAAUGUGUGCGGCAUGAUUUUCCCGAAGAGUGCCAAUCAAGUGAGAACGUUGGGCAGACAUUUCUUGAAACAUAAAACUAGUGUGGUAACUGUCGUGACAAAAUUCACCGAUUUCACGAUUUAUGGCCAAUACAAGGGACCCGUCAUCCUGAACAAUUCCGCAGUGAAAACGUAUGCUUCACCUGGAGAUAAAUCAAAAAAUGAAAGUUCGCCAACGGAAACCCCUUACUCGUCUGGAGGUAUGAGACGAAGAAAAUUGAAUGACAUCGAACCUGUACCGCAUGAUAUACUGCAUCGGUUGCGUUCCUGUCAAUCUAAAAAAAAGGAUAGGAAAUCACAUGUACUAAUUGGGAGUACGCUCAUAAAACCGAUUACACAGUCGACUUCAGUAUCACCUGUUAAUAGAGGACCAGAGUGUUCGCCUGAAUCAAAAGAAUCACAUGGUAUGGAUGCAUUAGAUGCAGACGAUGAUGUCGAAAUACUUGAAGAGAAACCAGAACUGAUCGUGAUAGACGAUAAUGAUGACGAAGUGCUAGACACACCAAAUGAAGAUGUAGAAAAAUCAAUUUAAUUUAAAUAAAGAUUUUAGAUG